GCUCUCCCUCCCUCCCUCCCUCCCUCUCCGCUGUUCUCUGUGCUCGCUCGCUCUCGGUACCGGUGUCCGCUGCUCGGUGUGUGUUCGCCAGAACGUCGUGUGUCUGUGAUUCGGCUCUGACUCUGUAACGGUCCGUGUGUGGCGGUAAAACAAACAUGGGAAAUGAAGCGAGUUAUCCUCUGGAAAUGUGUUCACACUUUGACGCUGAUGAGAUUAAGAGGCUGGGGAAGAGAUUUAAGAAACUGGACCUGGAUAACUCGGGCUCUCUGAGUGUGGAGGAGUUCAUGUCUCUACCUGAGCUCCAGCAGAACCCGCUGGUCCAAAGAGUCAUCGACAUAUUCGACACAGACGGGAACGGAGAAGUGGACUUUCAGGAGUUCAUUGAAGGAGUUUCACAGUUCAGUGUCAAAGGCGAUAAAGAGCAGAAGCUGCGCUUCGCCUUCAGGAUCUAUGACAUGGACAAAGAUGGCUUCAUCUCCAAUGGUGAGCUGUUCCAGGUUCUGAAGAUGAUGGUUGGAAACAACCUGAAGGACACGCAGCUGCAGCAGAUUGUCGACAAAACUAUCAUCAACGCCGACAAAGACGGAGACGGACGGAUAUCGUUUGAAGAAUUCUGCGCUGUUGUUGGAGGAUUGGACAUUCACAAGAAGAUGGUUGUCGACGUCUGACCACACACACUUUCCCUCUCUCUGACACACACACACACUCUUUCUCUCUGACACAUACACACUCUCUCUGACACACACUCACACUCUGUCUCGCUCUCACACACAUGUUCUGAAGCCAAACUUCAACCUUUUAUGACUGAACAGGAAGUCAUGAUCAGCUGAUGAAUGUUUGUAUUUAUAUUUAUUUUGAAGUUGAUCGGUGGUCAUGUGACACCGCAGGACGUAUUUCAUCAAUCAUUUAAAACAAUCAUCACAAUUGUUGCCAAUGUUUUAUUUAAAAUGGUUCAAUUCCAACAUGACCUGAACGCAGCACAACGCGUUCCAAGUGCGUCAGUAGUUUUGUGUACAGGUGUUUCCAGCUGCAGAUGCACAGUGUCGCCCCCUUCAGGUGGAUUCAGGUCUCCAUUGAUGGUGUCAAAUGAUUUGAAUAAUGAUAUAAACAGCUUUUCUUGUGUUUAAGAAGAAAAACAACAUGACGUCAUGGCGACGCUGCUGUGAUGCGUUCACUGACCUGUUUCCUGUUUGUGUCUUUGGUGCAUGCUGCGUGACGUCACAGUGACGCUCCGACUGUUUACAUUUGAACUGAUGACGACGCAAAUAUUUACAUUUUUAAACGUUUUGAUGCAUGAUUCAUAGAAACCAUGGGAAGUUGCUUUAUUUAUUGACUGAUGAUAUUCUAUUAUUGUUCUUGUUCUGGAUGAUGAUGAUGUAACUCGUUUUGUUUUGUAUUUUCAGAGUUUUAGCUUGUGUUAACGGAUGACCAACGUCACGUUGACGAAACUCAAACGUCUUUGUUGGUUUUUAAAUCUGAGGUUUCACACUGGAAAUAAACGCAAAUAAAUGUC